ACUUGGCGGUCGGAAUUCGUCUCAAUGUGGGGUUGUCAUGUGGCGAGCACAAGGGUCACAAACAUCGCACUCAUCAUCCGUUGGCCUCCAUCAUCAGCAACACUCAACAAACGCAAGCAUAUCGCAGGCAAUCAGUCAUCAGAAUUUCAAUCAGCUUAGACAGCGAUAGCGAAUUGCUGCAGAAAAUUUAGGGGAUAGCAGCAGGAAUCCGUAGCCAGAAAUCGAGUGGGUUUCAUGAUGCAGGCCAUGGCCACACUGCCGUGCGCCACAGGGCCGCAGCCAGGCUAUGGUCAUCACCGAGGCAGGAUCAACGUGGCCACCAAGAGUCGGAGCCCGAGACUUGGAAUUGGUCUUGAAGGGGGUAGGGGAGGGUUGGUGGUGGCGAGGAGCAAGCAGCCGGACGUGCAAAAAGAAACGGAGGAGUUGAGCGGCUUCGACAUGCCGACCCGGAGUGGGAUUUCGGAGAAGAAAGUCGCAGUCCUCGAGGUUGAUGAAGGACGGCGAGUGGAGCGGAUGUUCUCCAAUUUGAAUGAGGUCUCGCUCAAGCAUGAGCCCGGAAGUCUUGUGAGUGCGGUACUUCUGAUUGCGGGCACAACAGUAGGGGCCGGCAUAUUGGCGAUCCCGUCCGUGACUCAAGAGUCCGGAUUUCUGGCUUCCUCCGUUGCAUGCAUCGGUUGCUGGCUUUACAUGGUUGGAUCAGGGCUACUCGUAGCCGAGGUCAAUGUCAACACGAUGUGUGAGCUUGGAUCUGGGGGGGUUUCUCUCGUUUCCAUGGCUUUACGUACAUUAGGCGUUUGGGGAGUGCGAGUAGCCUGUGGGGCUUAUCUCUUCAUCCACUACGCGCUGCUCGUGGCUUACAUCGCACGCUCCUCCGAUAUCGUCACCAACGCCGUUGGCAUUCCUUUGUGGGUCAGUGCAACUUUGUUCACAAGCACCCUUGGUGGCCUAUGCUAUUUUGGGAGCCAGCGAGUGAUUGGUGUAGUUAACGGAGGCCUUGUGGUCGGCAUUCUUGGCAGCUUUGGCCUCCUUGUGACUGUUGGAUCUUCAGGACUGGAUUUCAACUCACUGUUGACGGCCAACUGGGUAGCCGUCCCGCACAGUAUUCCAGUCAUCGCCUUAGCGUUCGUCUACCAGAAUGUUGUUCCUGUGGUGACAACGAGUUUAGAGGGAGAUUUACCAAAAAUCAGGACUGCGGUGGUACUAGGAACCGGCAUUCCACUGGUGCUGUUUCUGAUCUGGAACGCAGUCAUCCUCGGUACUUCGUCAUCUCUAGUGGAUCCCUCCGGGGCCGUGCAAGCCAUCUCUGACCCCUUGCUCAGACUCCGGUCUGCCAGUGGCAUCGUCGCUCCAACUGUGGAGGUCUUCUCAUUUUUGGCCAUAGCCACCUCCUUCAUCGGCUUCGUCCUCGGGCUCUCUGACUUUCUCUGUGACUUGCUGAAGAUUCCUGGAGGAGGUCGCCGUUCACCGCUCCCUUACCUCCUCACGCUCAUUCCGCCAAUGUUCCUGGCACUGACGUCGCGGGACAUCUUCUACCAAGCUCUGGAUUUCGCAGGGACAUACGGAGUGCUUGUCCUCUUCGGCAUCCUGCCGGCGGCUAUGGCUUGGUCUGAGCGCUACUCUGGCAUCUGCCUGCCUCCGUCAGUGAAGCCGAUUGUUCCCGGCGGGCGCCUUACGCUGGCGUUCUUCAUCGGUGCGGCGGGUUUCGUGAUCACGUCGGAGGCGAUCUCCAAGCUCUUGCCGUAGUUACAGGCUGUGGGUCGCUGGGUUUCUCUUAUCAGAACUCAAUUCUUAACAGAACUUCUACCUUAUCAUAUCCUCUAAGCUCGUACUCUUAUCAGGAUUUUACAAGGGAGAAUUGAGUUGAAAAGAAUAGACUUGUCGGUGCGCUAGAAUUGAAGUGUGAACGGAACUUGACUAUUUUUUGUUUGUUAUUAUCUUCUUUAUUUUUAAUUGUUCAUGAAGUGUUACUUUUCUUGGUUUCUCAACCAAAAAAAA